AUGUCGCUGUUGUGCCAGAGUUCUAUACGCGAUGGGACCAUCGCCUCCAUCAAAGAAGAUUUUCCUUCACAAGGAGAGAAGAGAAAGCCGCUAAGUUCAGAAAGUCUCAGAACUAUCAUUAACUGGGAUCUCUUCGCUACGCUAGCUGGCUUUUGGGAAGAUUCCGCAAUGGACAACAUCAACGAGGAAUACGACCGGUUAGUUGAACACCUUCACGGCUUCACGAGGAAGGCUGAGAGUUUUAAAACCAUCAAGAGACGCCUGUCUCUUGAAACUCAUGAACUGAUACGCCAGCAUGGAGCAGCACGAACCACAGUGAACCAAGAACUCACUUCCAAACUCGCAAGGCUUUGCAGAGCAGCAAUAAAAGAAGAACUCUCAGAGAGGCCAGAAGAAGUGCUAGCUGAAAAAAAGCGUUCUCCGUGUCCGCCGAGGAAUCGCAAAUUGCAAGACAAAGAUGUCUGCUCUACAGAACACGAAUGGAGCAACGAUUACAUCAAGAAAUGGAAUGGAGAAAAUCAUCCACAACUUCUCCAAUCCUUCGACACCCACGUGAACUUGCCUUCCCACCAUCUAAGAGAAGAUGGGAAUGUCCUUCCAGAGCACGACUACAUUUAUACUCUUUCGAAAAUCAUCGAAGUAUCACGAGAGUACAAGAUCCCGCUCUGUCUCAGCUUCAUCGACUUGAAGAAAGCCUACGACACGGAUGCAACAGAAGCGGUCAUGAAAGCCUUGGACAAUCAAGGCGUCCCUACUCACUACAUAAAAGACUUCGAAGCUGAGCAAAAGACGGUGUUCAUGUGUAACGGAUGGGUCUUGGAUGCCCCAUUCGAACUCAACGGAGCGAACGCAUCCGAAUGCACCAGCUACUUUUAUCUGGGUCGGGAAAUGAACAUAAAGAACGACCCAGACCUCCGACCUGGGCAGCAGGAGACGAGCGGAUUUGGGAGCGUAUAA